AUGCAAGCCGUGUCCAACCGACGCGCCCUAGACGCUUCUCCGACGGCAGCUGGAGCCGAGGGAGGUUCGCAUCAAAACCGGUGGCUCCCACGACCACGAAUACCCCGUGGCCCUGUGCCGUGUUGUCUGAUCGAAGCCCCGUCUCUCUCUGCUCUGCUCUGUCUCCUCUGCUCAGCUCACCCCCUUUCCCCAGAUCCGACGCGAAUGGCCUCCUAUGACGGCGAGGACGACUCCGGCCGGCGGCGCCCGCCGCCGCAGCAGCACCGCCCGUCCGGCGGGGGCAGCGGCGACCUCGCCGCCAGCGCCAAGCUGGUGGCGGAGGCGGCCAAGGCGGCGCUCCAGGACCACAACCUGGGGAAGGUCGACAAGGGCCGCACCGCCGAGGCCGCCGCCGACCUGCUCCACGCGGCCUCCCUCUACGGCAAGCUCGAGGGCAAGCCCGUCGGCGGCUACCUCAACAAGGCCGAGGACUACCUCCACAAGUUCGGCGCCAAGGAGGGGGGCAGCGGAGGCGGCAAGCACCAGCCCAGUGGUCACGGGGGUUCAGGCGGCAGGUACGAGGAGGAGGAUGAGUACAGGAAGAAGCCUACUAGUGGUGGUGGGAGGUACGAACAGGAUGAUGAUGAGUACAAGAAGAAGCCCAGCGGUGAUGGGAGGUAUGAAGAGGAUGAUGAGUACAGGAAGAAGCCUACUGGUGGUGGUGGUGACUACGGAGGUGGAAGGUAUGAGGAAGAAGAUGAGUACAAGAAGAAGCCUAGCAGUGGUGGCUAUGGUGGGGGGAGGUAUGAGCAAGAAGAUGACUUCAAGAGGCCUCCUAGUGGUGGUGGUGGUGGCGGCUAUGGUGGGGGAAGGUAUGAAGACGAUGAUGAGUACAAGAAGAAGCCUAGUGCUGGUGGAUAUGGAGGUGGAGGAGGGAGAUACGAAGAUGAGUACAAGAAGAAGCCAACCGGUGGCCAUGGUGGAGGGAGGUAUGAGGAAGAUGAUGAGUACAAGAGGCCUAGUGGUGGAAGCCAUGGAGGGAGGUAUGAAGAAGAGGACUACAAGAAGAAGCCUAGUGGUGGAGGAAGGUAUGAAGAAGAUGACUACAAGAAGAAGCCUAGUGGUGGAAGCCAUGGAGGGAAGGAUGAGUCAGAAGGCGGUGGCAUUGGAGACUACAUUAAACUUGCACAAGGUUUCAUGAAGAAGCAGGAUGACGAGGGUGGGCACAAGAAGACUAGUGGACAUGGAGGAGGAGGGUAUGGAAAGGAGGAAAAUGAAGAGGACAGCGGCAAGAAGAAACAUGGUGGUCGCCCUGAGAGUGGAAAAGACGAGUCGGAGGGCAGUGGCAUGGCAGAUUACCUGAAACUUGCACAGGGUUUCAUGAAGAAGGAUGGUGAAGGGGGAAGUGGAGCUGGUAUGGGGGACUACUUAAAGCUUGCAGAGGGGUUCAUGAAGAAGCGUUGA